AGUGUGUGCGCUGUAAUAAUAUAGAAAAACAUGGCGGACUCUGAAUUUGAAGAGUUCCGACAAUGUUUUGAAAAACUUCCACAACAUAUACGUGCACCAGCUCCAUUUUAUUCUUUAGUACCAGAUGUAUUAGAAGAUGAUGAUUCUCCAACAUCAUCAAAGAGUGAUGGCGACGAUGGCUGUGAUAAUAAUACAUCAUCAGCACCAGGAAGUGGACCUUCGUCACUGGGACUGGGUGCUGGUAUGCAAAUGAUAGUAGGCAAUACUCAACAUGGCGGCUCAUUGAUGAACGCUGACAAUAAUAAUUUAGUAAUUGAUGAUAAUAAUUGGAAUGGAAUAUUACGAUUUCGACCCAGUUCUGCACAACAAAAUCCACAACAAUCACAUUAUCUACAACAUGACUCAUCACAUCGUGGACCAUUACCGCCACACUGCUGGAUACCGACAGGUGAAAGACGCCGAAGACGGUUACCGGAGAUACCUAAAAGUAAAAGAGCUCCAACAUUUUCAAUCGGAAGUAGUACAAGUAUUGAGGGUGCAUCAUUAGCAUCCGAAUUAGCUUCAAUUCAUUCAAACGGCAGUAGCAUAAUGAGACCAACAAUGAUAAGGCGACCGGGUGAAGCAGAUAGCUCGCCGGAUUCAGAACGACCGUACACAGAUGUAGAUAGUGGUCAUUCAACAGCACAUUCACCUAUCGACGGUGCCAAAUCAUUAUCACCCCCAUUUGGUUCACAUUUUGAGAUGUUAGAACCAUCACAUCGCGGCUUACAUAAAUUUGUACCACGACAUCGAGAUGAAAUUGAGGUAGAAAUUGGUGAUCCAAUUUAUGUUCAAAAAGAGGCAGAUGAUUUAUGGUGUGAAGGUGUAAAUUUACGAACAGGACGAGCUGGAAUUUUUCCAUCUGCUUAUGCUGUGGAUACUGAUUAUAGUGAAUUUGAUCCAGCAUGCGAACAGGCACGAAGGGAACGAUAUCUUUUAGGAUAUUUAGGAUCGGUUGAAACGUUAGCACAUAAAGGGACUGCGGUAGUUUGUCAAGCAACAAGACGCGUGGCAGAGAGUCAAGUACAUGCUUGUGUUUUGGAAGUGUCUGAUCGUGGUUUACGAAUGGUUGAUAGAACAAAACCUGCUCCGGAUCAACCAUGUAUUGAUUAUUUUUAUUCCUUAAAAAAUGUUUCAUUCUGCGCUUUUCAUCCGAGAGAUCAUCGAUAUUUGGGCUUUAUUACAAAACAUCCAACGUUACAAAGGUUCGCCUGUCAUGUUUUCAGAGGCAAUGAAUCAACUCGGCCUGUUGCUGAAGCUGUGGGGCGUGCCUUCCAAAGAUUCUAUCAAAAAUUCAUAGAGACUGCCUAUCCAAUUGAGGACAUAUAUAUAGAAUGACUGACCUAUUUUGACCACACCUAUUGCUUAAUGCU